GAAUGAAAGAGGAGGAAAAACUCAGCAGCCGCGCGGUUUCAUCUGAGCCACGCUCACGCUGCAGUUGUUAAUAAGGAAGCAGCGCACAUGGACUCCGAAAGGACGAACGGAUCAUCCGGCUGAUGCAAUAAAACUUCAGGGCAUCUCAGAGAAGAUCCACUCUCCACAUUAGCAGACUUUGAAGUUGCAGAGUGUGGUGUAAAUUGUCAAGAAACCUAAGCAUCGAGGUGUCCCUUUGGUGCUAACAGAGAUGAUUCUGGCUAAAUUACAAGGCAUUUGGAAGCAGCUCCUGAGGGUGAAGGUUGUGGACUGCAGCACAAACGAAACCCGGUUGGCUCGAUGCCUCAGCACCUUUGACCUGGUGGCCCUGGGCGUUGGGAGCACUUUGGGUGCCGGUGUUUAUGUGCUCGCUGGUGCCGUAGCUCGUGAAGACGCUGGACCUUGCAUCGUCGUCUCAUUUCUCAUCGCUGCGCUAGCUUCCGUGCUAGCUGGUCUGUGCUAUGCCGAGUUUGGAGCCCGUGUCCCGAGAACCGGGUCAGCUUACCUCUACAGCUAUGUGACAGUGGGAGAACUGGGGGGUUAUAUCUCGGGCUGGAACCUCAUCCUCUCCUAUGUCAUUGGAACUUCAAGUGUGGCGAGGGCUUGGAGCGCCACCUUUGAUGAGCUCACCGGAAAGCACAUUGAGAAAUUUUGCAAUCAAAACAUGAAAAUGAAUAUACCAUGGCUGGCAGAAUAUCCAGACAUGUUUGCUGUCUUCAUCAUUCUCUCUCUGACAGCAUUGCUUGGUUUUGGAGUCAAAGAAUCGGCCAUGGUGAAUAAAGUGUUCACUUGCAUCAAUGUGCUUGUCCUGGUGUUUGUGAUCAUCUCUGGACUGGUUAAAGGAGACCUAAAAAACUGGAAUCUGGACCCUGACAAGAUCCUCAACGCCACUGGAAACGCCACCCAUAAUACCUCAUUUCCCCACCCUAAAAGUGGAGCUCUUGGUGUAGGCGGCUUCAUGCCGUUCGGGUGGACAGGAGUCCUCUCUGGUGCUGCUACCUGUUUUUAUGCCUUUGUGGGGUUUGACUGCAUUGCCACUACAGGAGAGGAAGUGAAGAACCCCCAGAGGGCCAUUCCCAUCGGCAUCGUGGCCUCUCUCCUCAUCUGUUUUGUGGCUUACUUCGGCGUUUCGGCGGCUCUCACUGUUAUGAUGCCGUACUACUUGCUGGACAACAACAGCCCUCUUCCAGUGGCCUUUCAGUAUGUAGGCUGGGAGGGAGCCACUUAUGCAGUAGCCAUUGGCUCUUUAUGUGCUCUGUCGACCAGCUUGCUGGGCUCCAUGUUCCCAAUGCCAAGAGUGAUCUGGGCCAUGGCAGAGGAUGGCCUGCUCUUCAAAUGUUUGGCUAAAAUCAGCACGCGAACCAAAACCCCGCUAACAGCUACAGUAACCUCCGGCAUGGUUGCAGCUGUGAUGGCUUUCCUGUUUGAGCUAAAGGACCUGGUGGACCUCAUGUCUAUUGGCACUUUGAUGGCCUAUACUCUGGUUGCUGCCUGUGUGUUGAUACUCAGGUACCAGCCUGAGCAGCUGAGUACGGCCUAUGAGAUGGCCAACACCCAGGAUGAGCCGGAGUCUUACAGCGAAGGGAACUCUGACGUCUUUCCUCAACCAGAAGAUACGGUCAGCAUCAAGAAUCUCCUGUCCCCGUCCAACCCUGAACCCUCUCCUUUGUCUGGUCGUACCGUCAACAUCUGCACCAGCAUACUUGUUGUUCUGAUGUGUGUUUUCAGUGUUGUUGCUUCUCAACAAACUUCACCUCCCUGGGCUGUGGUUCUGAUGAGUGUUACCAUGGCGGCUAUUGUACUUCUCACCUUUGUUAUUUUCAGGCAGCCUCAGAGCAAAGCCAAGCUGGCCUUUAAGGUUCCCUUGUUGCCCUUCAUUCCCAUCAUCAGCAUGUUUGUCAAUAUCUACCUGAUGAUGCAGCUCAAUAAAGGAACCUGGGUGCGCUUUAGCAUUUGGAUGCUGAUAGGUAUCUUUAUCUACUUCCUCUAUGGCUUUCGGAACAGUGCAGAGGCGACCAGGUCUGAUGCCUGCUCAAUAAAAGGAGAGCCAAUGACUAGAGAGAAGGAGUCCUUGAACGCACCAAACUGCACUCGAGACGAAGAGAUUGAUGAGGAAAUGAGUGCUUACACACUUUGAGAUUUUCUGAAACAGCUGCACAGAAAACACUACAGAUCCAUGCAUGCAUGCAUCCUUGAAUGUCUGUUUUUAAAGUUCGCCAUCUCCGAACUAACAACAUGCCAAAACAACAAACACAUUUUCAGUGAUAUGUUUGUUGUGCAGAAUUAGCUGUGGCUCACAAACUCGGAGCCUAAUGUUUUAAUAUCUGUUGUUUACUGUGAAUUACAGAGAUUAUUGACAGAGCUGACAAUCGCCCACUCUGCCAUUCUGCCAGAACACCUAACACAUAUAUUAGGUGUUAGGUGCAUUGAAAAAAAAAUAUUCAUGUUACUGAAAAAAUAUUUGCUUUAUACAUUAAUUUUACACCUCAAGGAAAUGCAUUAUGCUGCUUUCAAUAAGCUACUCAAAUUAGAGCCAUUCUUUGACGCAUUGCUCUAAUCGCAAAUUAGAGCAAUGCGUCAACGUGUAUUGCAAAUUAGCCGAUCAGUGACAACAGUUUGUUGGCUGUAAAGAUGAGUGUCGUUUUUAUGAGGGGAAAUUGCAUGUUUUAUCUGAAACCUGCAAAGCUGCUAAUACGGAGUUUUUAUCAGAUACUUGAGAGGGAUUAUUUUAAGUGUCUUUUUCCCAAAGAAAUGUCACAACUUUAAAGGUGAGAUUCUUUAAACAUUUGAUACUUGUUAUGAGAUGACAAUGCAAUUUAUUGUCUGUAUAUAAAGUAUGCUCUGGAGUAUUAAAAUCUGUUUUUUAGGAAUAUGGGAAAUUGUAUUUUUGGACCAUUUUUACAUUUUUGUGCAUAUGCAUUUAAACAGGAAUAACAGUUUUAUUGUAGUCAAGUAAUGUUUGAGUGCUCAAAACUCGCUUAAUUUGCUCUUCUCAAACUCACUGUAGCAACUGCAAGAGGUGUCUUUUUAAAAAAUGCUGAGCCAUUUACCCAGCAAUCAAUGCUGAACUUAUGCUUCCAAAUUUAAUAGCUUUAAAGUUUCUGACUAUGUUUCAUCAGUAAUAUGUGGUUAGCGUUACCACUGUGACUGUGUUGCAUUUAACUCACUCACCAGUGAUAUUCCAGACAUUGGAAUAUCACCGGAAGAGCAGCCAAUAUUUUGACCUUUCAGGUAUUCUACAGGUCAGUUUUACAUGUCUAGAGAUAUGACUUACAGCCACAAUCUUUAGUAAACUUACAUAUUUCUCCUGUUAACUGUGCUUUCAUGUGGAACAUGCUAGGCUAAUUCUAGCAUGUUGAUUCAGUUAUGAUGUGACUUGUUGAUGAGUCACUUGUCUCUUUUGUGGUGAUCUUCAUUGAAAAUUAUUUUAAACACUUUUAUUGUUUGUAAAUAUUCAGAUUGUUAGAUCAACAAAAUAAUCUGGAACAAUUUUCCAACUUCAUCUCCUCUGCUUUUAAAAAACUCAGUUUCCUGGGAGAUUGGCUAACAUAAAAUCACCGUCUGUAUACAAUUAAUGGAUAUAAAGAGUGAAGCUUACCAACAGAUGCCUACACCGAUCAUGUAAAUGUCUUGCUCUGGACCCUCUUCAAAUGCUUAGGAUUGUACUAGGACAUGCCUAAUUCGGACGUACCCGAAGCAGGACUAUGCUAUGUAUGAUACAAUUUACUUAUGAUGACAAUGUAAGCUACUGUGACUGUGUGAAGAUCCACCAGGCAGCUCAAACAUGAAUGUUACAUGACAAAAUGGCAACUAGGUGAAAUAUGUUCAUUAGAAAAUUUCCAUUUUAAAUUUCUACCAUGGAUAUACCUAUAAACUUGAAUAUGAAUAGCAUUAAUAUUGGGUUCUACUUUUCUUCUGUUAACUUGUCUGCUGGACUUGAAUUCAAUUCUGGUAAAUUUAUAUGGUUCCAUGUCAGGACACUGCUCUAUUUAUUAACAGAUCUUUGUGUUGAUCUUUGUCACAGUGUCAGUGUGCUGGCUUCCAUGUAAGAUUACUAACAAUGUACAUAAAAUGUAACUAUACUCAGAUUUUGUUGAUUGUGUGAUUUGCUUCAUCGAGUUGUUUUAAUCCAUGUUGUAAAUACCAAUAACAAUAUAAAGGAAUAUACCAAAUUUA